CUAUAAACUUGCGUAUAGCUGCUCGCCAAUCAGUCUAUACAGGCGCACACGCAGCGCUCCAACGGUCAUGAGCAACAUUGCACUCCAUAAUAUCGAACAAGUCCUCGGCGCGCCUGAACCAGAACUAUCACAGAACCUGCCGAAGCUCUUUGCCAAGCUUGUAGAACGAAAUCAAGACCCGACAUUUGUACAGAACUAUACGGGCGCCAUCAAAAUCCGACUCCACAAAGAGACUUCCGCGCGAAAGGGAGGUGAAUCUCCUAGCUUUAGUGCCUUUGGCAGAGCAUGCUAUGCGGCAGGGAUCGUGAAGACGUUUCUUGCUGUCUUAACGUCCCAUCUGUACACGCAAUCGCAAUCGCAACCGAAGGAACGAUAUCUUGGCCAGUACUAUGCGUUCGAAUCUCUGUCAGAACUUAUGAUGACUGGUAAUCUUACCGAGCGGCGCGCGCUUCUGGAGGACAUGAAGAAGAACCAUAUCGUUAACAUUUGUCUAUCGCAUCUGAAACAUCCUCUUUGCACUUUCCGUCAGUUAGCCAUCAGUACCUUCCAUGUACUCGCCUGCGGAUCCGUACUGGGAGAGGAGUCAUCUCCAGCAGAAGCAGCAGAUAUAAUUGCAGCAGCCUGCAAAUUCGCGUUGGAAGGACCCGAUUUCUUCAUCGAAAACAUGCAAUCCUCAAACACAACAUGGCAAAGUCAGAUAGUUAUUGGUGCGACAGAUGUACCUGCAAAACGAGCCGCAGAGUGCGCACCCCGAUAUUAUGCCAUUGGUCAAGAGAACGCUAUAUGGGCUGCGCACGGGCUUUUGUGUACCACACCACCCCGAUCACGAAAACAUUGUCUUGACAUUUUGAAGAAGAAUCCAGAAAUUUUAGACCUCCUUUUUGACUGUGCCAUCGUCGCCCGUCCGCCUUGGUACCCUGAAACACAACUCGAUUCUAUCGCGUGCGAGGUCUUAGCCCUCCUCUUCCAAUGGCCGUUACACAUAGUACCGGGCGUUUCGACGCCUCAAGACAGUGCCUUUAGAGCUCAGGAGUGGAAAGCUAUGUCCCAAGCUGCGGCCAUCCUCACGUCCCGAGAAGACUGGUGUGAUAAGAUCAUCGAAGUAUGGAUGAAAAUUGAAGAGGAGGAUUGGCGUGAGGUUCGGGGCUGGUUUGAUCGGGUCGAGGUUGAUUAUCACGCGGUGGAGCCCAAAGCAGCUGAUUUCGGCAAGGUGUUUGGACAAAGAGGAACAUCUCGUAUUGCUAUGCUGAGACUGGUCAGUACUCUCAGUCACGCAGCCGAGUCUUGCGGUGUCACCAACGCCGAGAUCGAGUCACUCCUCCGGAUGGCAUACCUUGCUUCACGCAAAAUAAAGUCCUCGAAUGAGCUCGACCCCAAUAAACUGGAGGAUCGAUACACGAGUAUCGAGCGUGCGCAAGAAAUUUUCCGCAGCCCCAAAUACACUGUAUCCCUGAACAUGCCAGUGGAUGGGACACUUCAAAUCGCGGACGAAGGUACCAUGGGUCCAACGGCCCUCGCACGCCUGCUCGUCGUGCUCGCCCAGCGAAAAGCCUUUGACACCAUUCAAGGACUCAAAAAAGCGCCAAAUGGCCUUUCAUCCUCGACCUGUCUCAACCAUGUACAACAAAUCACCAACCCUGAUGUUAUCCGCCGAUUCCUGAAGAUCGCUCUGCAGCGUGUCAAAGCGUCUAUGGACAAGGGGCGUGAUCGCGCCCGCGGGGGCGACAACGAUUUCGCCAGGGUUGCGUUCACGAGCGCUGCAGAGCUUGCCGCUGCGCUAGUUGCGCUUGACAGCCACACACAGGGUCAGUAUUCGAAGGAAGUGCUGGGGGCGAGAAGGGAGCUUGCAUUGGCGCUAGGAAAUGCAGCUGAGAUGGCCAUUCGCGAGAAGCGCUGGCAGCAGGCGUUGCACUUUGGAUCCGGUGCCGUGAACGUUGCCGAGAACAUUCCAGCCAGCGAGCUUCUGGAUCCAGGUAUCAUAGCGAAAAAUAAGCGGCGUGUCGAGCAAGCGAAGACUGCGAUUUCUGCGAAAUAGAAACCAUGUAGCGUUAACACUGACCCCUCUGUACUGAGCUUCCGCACCUGUGGGUGUAUGAUGUAUUGUACGUUUGUAUUAUUAAUGUCAUCAAGUGUCUUGAUGCCUGGACACUUCCGCGAACCUUGAGCGGCCUACGAGCAUUAUCAUUUGGUGACCGGGCUUUAAUUC